UUUAAUAUGUUUCACCAGUUGUCCAAAUCUCUGUUGAUUUAUUUAUAAAUGAGCCUACUUUUUCCAUUUUUAGGACAGGUAAGUUUGGCUAUCGUGCAAUUAAAAACAUCUCCGCUACUUGUCCGAAGCUUAAUGUCGAGCUUCGACCGUUUAAAGCCGGGACAACCAGCGCUUGCUUGCAGACCGAAUGGAUGCGGUUCACAUGUUGUAGCUGCUUGUGACCAUUCAGCAGACUCCACCCCCAUAGUUCCUGGGCCACGGGAACACACGACCCCAAGAUCAAGUACGUUUAUGGGAGAGCUGGACGAAAAUAUCAGGACAACAGAGUGUUUACAACGAACACAUUUGGACACUAAAACAUUCAUACGUAUCAGUGUCUGUGAAUCACCGUAACCUUCAUCAAUCGGUGGAACAUAUCCUCGGCCCAACACACCUUUUUGCAAAUGUUCAGGUGUUACCGAUGCUUUCAGACUCCAUGACUCUGUUGACCAGUUGAUGUCUUUUGUUGAAAAGGGCACCGGUAGGUUACAUUACCUCUUAAUCAGCGGGCUGUUACAGAGAAGACAAGAAACUAGCCUGUGAUAUUACCGUGAGAUGUUUUUAUCACCAAGAUUACGUGUUAUGGCGCCUUGCUUAGAUGCAGACCCAGUUAGCGGCGCUGGCCAAUCAGGUGACGGGGGAGCUGCUGCGAUGUCAGGUGCUUGAAGGAUAAGGUGUUCAUUCAGAAGGUCUCAACACUCCCCAAGACAAAGGACUCGUAUCGAGACAGGGAGGUAAGCUGGUGUUUGCAGAACUAACGGUGCUGAAGUUGGCUUGUAUUUGACAGAAGGGCUGUGAUGUUACUUUUAGUUUUCUAUAAGGACAUUUAGUUUUAGAAAGAGUUGUGAGUAGUUUGUCUUAAAAAUGAGUAAGAGAAGAGAGUAUCAAAGGAAGACGGUUCCUGAACUUAUUGUCACUGGAUGGGGGUCACUGACAAUAUCAAUCAUCCUGCAGUUAACCGUUUAAAUGAACGUUGAAGGUUUACUGACUUACGGAGACGUCCACAGGCACUUCUAGUAGUAAUGGUGCUGACGCUGUGUAUUCCUUCAGUGACCAACACACCAGAGUUCAUAAUGGUUCCAAUAGUAUUUUUCCUUGUCUUCUUUCUACGGAGAGUGAAAGUGUCGGUGCUAAGAGUGUCAACCAGAGGAUUGAGGUCAGCAGGAUAGCCGCUGCUUUUAGGAUCAUCAGCAGGUUUUGUCUUAACCGGAUUUGGCUGGAGGAGCUGAAUCAACUGUGUCCCAGGAUUACAGGGAUGACAUUGGAGGAUGGCUUAGAGUCCAGAGGCCAGAGCAUUGACAGCCUUGUCAAACUUCACCCGCCGUCCGAGCUCUUCGGGGUUCCAGUAGAGCAACUGAACCAGAGCUGGUCUCUUGUAGCGCCUCUCUGCUUCCUCCAUAUCUGGACUCCUAAUCCUUGCUUCUUUUGCCAGUAAAGGGAUCAGCAAGAGUCUAGGCGGCGGAGCGAAGCACACCAUUAGCAGAGGAAAAUGAGUGAACUGGAUCAGCUACGCCAGGAGGCUGAGCAGCUCAAGAACCAGAUCAGAGAUGCCAGGAAAGCGUGUGCGGAUGCUACCCUGUCUCAGAUCACAGCUAACAUCGACCCUGUUGGCAGAAUUCAGAUGCGCACUAGACGGACACUGAGGGGGCAUCUGGCUAAAAUCUAUGCCAUGCACUGGGGCACUGACUCAAGGCUUUUGGUCAGCGCCUCCCAGGAUGGCAAGCUCAUUAUUUGGGACAGCUACACCACGAACAAGGUCCACGCCAUCCCGCUGCGCUCCUCCUGGGUAAUGACGUGCGCCUAUGCCCCUUCUGGGAACUAUGUUGCCUGUGGAGGCCUGGACAACAUCUGCUCCAUCUACAACCUGAAGACCCGCGAGGGAAACGUGCGCGUCAGCCGCGAGCUGGCCGGACACACAGGUUACCUGUCCUGCUGUCGCUUCCUGGAUGACAACCAGAUCGUCACCAGCUCUGGAGACACCACCUGCGCUCUGUGGGACAUUGAGACCGGUCAGCAGACGACUACAUUUGCCGGUCACACCGGUGAUGUAAUGAGUCUCUCUCUGGCGCCCGACACCAGGCUGUUUGUGUCUGGGGCCUGCGAUGCCUCGGCCAAGCUCUGGGACAUCAGAGAAGGAAUGUGCCGACAGACCUUCACUGGCCACGAGUCGGACAUCAACGCUAUCUGCUUCUUCCCUAAUGGCAAUGCCUUUGCCACGGGCUCAGACGACGCUACCUGCCGGCUGUUUGACCUGCGUGCCGACCAGGAGUUGAUGGUUUACUCACACGACAACAUCAUCUGUGGGAUCACCUCUGUGGCGUUCUCCAAGAGCGGCCGCCUACUGCUGGCCGGCUACGACGAUUUCAACUGCAACGUCUGGGACACUUUGAAGGCCGACCGUGCAGGUGUCCUGGCUGGUCACGAUAACCGGGUGAGCUGCUUGGGUGUGACCGACGACGGCAUGGCCGUGGCAACGGGGUCCUGGGACAGCUUCCUCAAGAUCUGGAACUAGAGUCUGAAGAUGGCGUCUGGACUCCAACGUUGAGUGGAAGACCAUUCCAACAUCACAAUGUUCAAUUUUAUUGCAUAUCCAAUCUUUUCAAAAACACCAUGAUACUGACUCCAAAACACCCAAAAAAUCUAUCAAGGGCAAAAAUUCUCUCUCUUUCUCUCCCUCUCUCCCUCGCUCUCUCUCUCCCCCCUUCUCAUUUGAAAGAGCACAAUUGUCUGUCACUCAUUUAGCUACAAAAAAAUACAAAGCUUGAGGGAUUUAGUGGAGGGGAAACGUGUGCAUUCCUCCCAUGACCAUGGUCUGGUAUUGUAGUAAGCCACCUCCAAGCAAACAUGUCCUGCGUCCUCAUUCCACACAGGUCUGAGUGAAGGUUAGUACAUGGCGGUGAUCGAACUCUUACGAGCUUUUUGGCAAUGUUUCUUUUUUUCUUUUCUUUUUUUUUCUGUUGGAGAGAAGUAGAUCAGUGAACUGUCAGUUAAUGUUUAAAAUGAGGAUCAAAGCUUUGUUUUAUUUCCUUGUCUUUACACAUUUUAGAGAAUGUUUUUAAGUUUAAAACUAGAAGAACCUCCAGAUCAUGUCAUUUUAAAUCCAGCUUUAUCCCGCUGGAGAACAAAGUGAGAGAAUUGAGCUUCAACAGGGAGUCCUCAAGCCACUUCUGGCCCUUCUGUAUAUUUAGUCCCAUGAUACUUUUACCGUUUAUUUUCCAGUGUAGUCCACAAAUCUUUGUUUGCACAAAAAUUAAACUUUGCAUAUAUAGAAUAAAAAGUUAACUAACCAAGCACAUGCUGUUUAUGAUGAUGAAUGCUCGUUUUUAAAACGAAAAACAAACACACAAAAAUACAAAACCCAUUUUCACCAUUCUUACACCUUUUUGUCUGGCGACAGUGUAGAAUAAUUAAAUGAAGAUUAACCCAUCGGAUCAUAAUCCACCCCGCCCCUCUUUUUUUAUUCAUUUUUUUUCCUCCUUUAAUUUGGUUUGGUUCCCCCUGGUUUCUGUUGCCCAUGGUUCGGACCGGUGGUGUGAGUUGGUCAGGUAGGGAGUACCUCCACUUUAGCCCGGUUGCAAUCCGGAUGUUUCUCUUUUAACAGAGGUGCCCAUUCCGUGCUUGGAAAUGCAGUUACUACUCUGUGAAUGACAUGUUGUAUAAAUCAAUGUUUGAAAAUAAUGAUAUUGAAACUUUUUAAGUUAAAAAUGAAAAAAAAAAAGAUUUUGGUUGUCUGCCAUGGGUGGGUUAUCUCUUAGAAUCGCAUGCUGUAGAAUUGCUUAAAAAGGUGCAUAUGGAAUUAAGUCCUUUGAUGUUUUUCUUUAAGAAAAUAACCUGUUGAAUAUAUCAAUACAAUGGUAUUUAUAUUUUUCUUUUUCUUUUUUCUUUUUUUUUUUCUUUUUGUUUUUGGCUACUCCGUGCAUACAUGAUUCAACUAAAAUGUCAAAGCUAUGCACUUGAGAAGCAAACCCUGCAACAUAAACGGUUACUUGGUCCAUACUUGGGAGGGAUUCCACACAUUUAAGAAGUAACGUAAAUGUUAAAAUUGUACACACAUGCAUACGUACAUUCAUUCACCCAAACAUACACGAUCUCAAAUGGAACAAAUUGUCAUUCCUUCUGUAGCAAACAAAAUUCCACUUACAAAGAAAAACAUUUUAUAACAGGUUUUUUUCUGUCCUUUAAUAAAAAAUGAAAAAAAAAAUCUUGCAGCAUCUGAAUGGCAGAACUUUCUGUUGUUCCCUUCUCCUUGUAAACAGAGGCGCUCUUUCUUUAGCAGUAGUGACAUUUUUUCCAUUGUUUUUUUCUCUGCGACAUUCUGUACAAAAAAAAUGUGCUGUAAUUGUACGUUAGGCCUGGAGUUGGCAAAAAAUAAAAUUAAAUAAAAAAUAUUAAAAAUUAAUUAAAUUCCCUUUUCCUUUUCUCUCUUUCUCCAUCAAAUAACUGUAGAGCUCUGCACCCCCACUCUUCCCUUUUCACCUUUUGUAUUUAAUUUUAAAGUCAGUCAGUGUACAACCGAAAGCUGGAUGCAAGAUAGAAACUAUAUUAAAAUGUACUGUUAUUUAAGAUGUAAUAAAAAGCAGUUUGAGAUGACCUACUGUGUUGAGUGUGAUUCACUUAGAGCGGUUACCACUGAAGCUAGAAUGUUGCAGACUGUUUGGUUUCCCUGUAAUUAUGUUCAAGUCAAAUAAACAAUUUCUUAUCCACUGUUAAA